ACUACCACCUAGUGGACAGUUUAUUUACUAAAAACGCUUUAUCAACUUGACCGGAUCCAGUUUGGCCCUCACGACUAGCCGUAGUCAAAAGCGUCCUAGCAACGGGGCGGAAGGAACCUUCAUUUAACAACAAGCUACUUAUCUCCCACAACACAAAACAAUACGUUACCGCUUAUACAGUCUUAAAUUAUAAUAUUUAUGUUUGUUCACUAUAUACUUUUAAAAACAAUAUAUAUUCUCAAGUUAUCGUAUGAAGCGGGAUGGCUAUCAACAACCCAUCGGUGUUUCUGUUGAUGAUAAACGGACAGAUAGAAGGAGCGAAUUUUCCAGAGUAUGAUGACCUGUACUGUAAAUACUGCUUCGUCUACGGACACGACUGGGCUCCCACCUCGGGUCUAGAGGAGGGUAUAUCUCAGAUUACUUCGAAGGGCAGAGACUCUCCUCAGAGAAUGAUCUGGAAUUUUCCUCUGGAGAUCACCUUUAAGAGCACCAACCCAUUAGGCUGGCCUCAGAUCGUGGUAAGUGUCUACGGUCCUGAUACGUUUGGUAACGAUGUGGUCAGAGGAUACGGAGCAACACACAUCCCCUUCACUCCUGGACAACACACCAGAACCAUCCCGAUGUUUGUUCCUGAAUCCACAUCAAGACUACAGAAAUUCACAAGUUGGCUGCUGGGCCGGCGUCCAGAGUUCACCGAUCCUAAAGUCGUGGCCCAGGGAGAGGGCAGAGAAGUGACCAGGGUCCGUUCUCAGGGUUUCGUCUCCCUCUCCUUCCACAUUGUGACUAAAGACAUGAAGAGACUGGGUUACGACACCACACCUUCCGAGACCUCACACACUCUGUCACACACUGCUGCCGCAGGCAUCGGACCGGGAGACCAGCCCUACAGCACGUGAUGCAAACACACACACACACUGCUGCCGCAGGCAUCGGACCGGGAGACCAGCCCUACAGCACGUGAUGCAAACACAAAGGCUGGUUUAAAGACAUCAGACUGAUCCAGGACCUGCCGAACCCCUCUAUAAUAAUCUAUCUGGGGGGGGGGGGUGACAUUAAUUUAAACCAGGACUCUGUUGAGCAGCCAUUGUUUUUUAAUAUAUCCUUAAUUUAACUCGGCAAAUCAGUUAAGAACAAAUUCUUAUUUACAACGACGGGCUACCGGGGAACAGUGGGGGUUAAACUGCCUUGUUCAGGGGCAGAUUUUGUACCUUGUCGGCUCGGGGAUUCGAUCCAGCAACCUUUCGGGUCACUAGUCCAACGCUCUAACCACGAGGCUACCCUGCCGCCCCUGUUGAUAAGUAACUGGUUAAGGUUAGCAGAAGGAUUUUUCAAAUCCUGAGCGUCUUUAUUUUAUAUAUAUCCUCUACUUUCUCCUUCUGAGCGUCUUAACGAUAGUAGGAAGGGGCGUGGCUUCCUGACAACGAUCACCGAUUGGACAGCCCCCAACCUCCAAAACAACCACAUUGGCCGAGCUUAUGCCGGUUAUCGCUUGAUCUGAUGUGUUGUAAUUGUUUGACUGAGAAUAAAAUAUACUGUGUUUCAU